UAGUGGAGUGUGCAGACUGACAGACUGAGGAACAAAAGGAGACAGCAGGUUCUUUUUGGUGCUUCACAAAUAUCGCUGAAUAGAUCAGCAUCAGCACUAUCUUGGUACAAUUACAUUUCUUUGCCUGCAAACUUUGUCCUCCAAGCAGGAAUACUUCAAAGGUAGAGAAUCACUCUGGUUUUCACCCAGCACACUCCCAAAUUACAGCAGAGGAAUGAAGCUGGGGCUCUUUGCCUUGCAGAGCAUAUUUUUUCCCCUGCUAAGACCAUCGGAAAGAUUCCUCCUGCAGGCUUGCAUCAUGGAGGCUGGAAGUCAAUCUAGCAGUCAACAGAUUCUGUGGAAAGAUGUUGAGGCUGUAAAAGAGAAGAAGGCCAAGUUCCACAUCUACCAGCGAGUGGCUCUGGCUCUGGCGCUGGUCUUCAUCCUUCUGGGUCUCUGUAUUUUCAGCCUGAGGUAUCUGUGGAGCCCCAGUCUGGGGAAGGUGUACGACCAUCAGUACAAAGCCAUGCUGGAUGGCGUGGAGACCGACAGCAUGAUGGAGAUUGACCCAGGUCAGAGCAUUGAGAUCUUCAGAAUGGGAAACGGGAGCAAGGAGGUUGUGGAGGUGCACGACUUCAAGAAUGGAAUCACUGGGAUCCGGUUUGCUGAACAUCAGAGGUGCUACAUCAGGACCCAAACCAGAAAGCUACCCACAGUGGCAGAGGUGGAGGCUGAGGACACGGAGUCAGUGCAGGUGGAUGAGAUGGAGACUAUGGCUAUGAAGGUGGAUGACUCCCAAGUGUGGGUUCCUGCCGAGGAGCCCAUCGUUAACCCAACCUUCCUCUUUGACUCCAAGAUCUGGGAGAUUUGCCAGGAGCUGCCCAUCCACUGGAUCCAUCCUUCCCUCCUCACCGAUGCUGAGGAGGGAAAUGUGGACACGCCGGACGUAGAGGUCACGGGUCAGCGUUUUGCCCGAGACGUCCUGGACCACCCUGCAGUACAUGACUAUAGAGACGUCGGAAUCGAGCUGGACAACCGUCUGGACGAGCAAGGCUAUUGCUGCCAGUACUGUCGCCGUGGUUACCGCUACUGCCGCCGCUACCACGAGCCCCUGGGCGGUUUCAACCCGUGGCCAUACUACUACCAAGGAGGCCGAGUCAUCUGUCAGGUUGUCAUGCCGUGCAACUGGUGGAUCGCCCGCAUGCUGGGGAGGAUCUGAGAGGGCAAGCCCUGUCUGAGGUUUUAAAGUGUUUAUGUUGAUGAAGAUGCAGAUCCUCUUUUUGAUAAAUAUUACAGACCACAUGGGAAAGCAAAGUAGUCCAUUAAACACAGUUAUUAUCCAGUCUGAAGAUUGGCCCAUUGAGUUGUAGUCAUUCUAAAUAGUCUAAAAGUUAUUGAAGUGCUGUUGGUUCUGUCUUAAGAGGCAUUGGUUGUUAACAGCUGUCUAAUUUUCUUUGCCUAGCUACCCACUUAGUAUCCCUGCUAUUUGAUCCUGUUGAAUGGGUGCAAUUUAGUUUGGAAGGUGCCAUCAGAAACUCUUCUGCUUUACAAAAACACUCCAGCACUGUUUGUCCUUUAUUAAUGAAGCAUUCAUUUUAUAUUUUAUGCGUUAAAUAACACUUGUUUUUUUCAUAUUGUAUGCAUGAAAAUGUACAUAGAGCCUAACAAUAUAUAUAUGUAACACUAUGAACUGUGGAUAAAAACUUUCUCUAUACUAACUCAAAUUCUACAAAAGCACAAGACCCUGUGAAGAUGGAUGACAUGUAUCCAGCUCCUCCUGUUGUACAAAAGUGAAGCCAAUGAUCACCAUGAUGGACGCUGCCAUAUUGCAUUUGUGAUGAUGUUUCGAGCCAGACUCUGAUGUCCUGCCCCUUCCACUAAACCAAAACACACAUUUAACUCUCAGAUAACACGUCAAAGAUCCCUCAGAUCGGUGCAUCCACUGCAGAUUUUUGUGGCGGUUUGAAGCAGACACUCUGGGCUAAGUAAAGUUGAAUGACUCUUGUCUUCUACUCUACUCUGCUUAUGAGGAGCUAAAUGAUCAAGAGUGGUUGUCAACAGAGCUGUCAAGAUUCAUUAAAACUAUUUUUAGCAUCAAAUAAAUAAUUAAAACUCAACUUCUUAGAAAAAUGAACAUAUGUAUAUAUAAACUGGCAUAAGACAAAUUAAUUAUGACAUUUUGAGAAAAAUGUAUUUGACGUGUAUUGACUUUUUAAGUCAAAUUCACAUUUGUUCACUUCUUGACCUGUACAGCAGCUGGUCAGUAGGGGGAGCUUUAAAUGAUCUGACUUCAUUUUUGGGACGCUAUCAUGUCUUCCAUCUUUAAUACAGUCUAUGGUUAACCUCGUAUAUGUACAAUGAAGAUAUAAUAAUGGAAUAGAAACAAACACAUAAAUGCUACACUACUUGCAUCCCAGUUAAGGAUUAGCUACAGCUGCCCAAGAUCAAGGCUUGGGAUUCCUCUGACUGGCAUCCUGUGGAAUUGCAGUUUUAAUAUCUGUUUUUACUCUCGUGUUAAACCAAGGAGGCCCAGUGUAAUUAAGAAUGCACAGACCUCUUCGUGAUGUACUUUCUGUUGUGUUAUCCUCCAUUGUUUUCUCUGUUGUUGCGAUCCACAAACUGCUUUAAACACUGCUACUGUUCAAACAGUUUCCUUCUUUGCGGCGGCGAUUUUAAUCUGCAACACCACAUCUCAAUCUGUCGAGCUGCAAUAACUUGUCUGCGACUCACAGAUAAGCAAGUGAGAUAGGCGUUUGUAAUUGAUGUUCUGUCAUCGGAGUAACAAGGUGCAUAAAUGCCCCUGAGUAUCCAAGUUAUGUUAAACAGAGCACCCCUGUUUGUUAAAGUGUGCUUUGAAGACUUCUGUAUGUCUCUGACUCUGUCCUUGUUUUUUUCCAAUUAAAAUUUUCAUUGUGUGAAUAAUCUCUGUUCAUAUGCAACAAUAUGAUUUCCUUGAAAGACACUUAACACCCUGGGGUGUUUGUGUGAAAGCUGAUGUGGGUGUGUGGGUUUGAAUCUGACUCAUGCCAUCCAUACAAUAGACAGAGCUCCUUGUCUCCUCUCCAUAAGUCCUGCUG